AUGAGUGUGACGUAUGAACGGUCGAGGAUUUUCGGUUCUUUUCGAGAUUGAAGCUUUGGUUUAUUUAUGGUUUGAGAAGGACCAGCAGUGUACACAUUGAUCGAGGUUUUCCACAGUCGUUGAAUGCAAGACUAUUGACAGACGAGUUUAAACGCGAAAUUGCACACAGCGUUUCGAAUGUAGGGGCAUAGCCUCACCAACCCGGUUUGAAUUUUCAGUAAGAUGGUGCCGCGCUGAACCAGAAGCGAAUAUCGUCUGCUUAAGGAUUUCGAUUUAAGAUAUUUUACAAUGGGACUGUGUUACAGCCUGCGUUCGCGUCUCUUUGGGGAGCCCGAUGGUUCCGUAUCGGACUCUAACCAGCCACCAGACUCUGCUGCACCACUGCGCGCUGAGGCGUUUCACCAUGAGGAUACAGGGGGACACAACGAAACAGUGCCACUCCGCAACUGCCAAAUACGCAGUGAGGACAGUGGGAAACCGUCGGCGGGAGAGGUCCAUCGAGGGCACGGAGCACUGUUACAGAACGGAGGCAGUGGUGGAGUGGACCGGACCCGGCGGCUACUACUGCUGCAGAAACACAGUACCCAGAAGCAGAAGAACUUGAACAAUCUGCUGGUGGAGGGGAAAAAGACCAAGAGGAACGCGAGGAAAGUCAGUGAAAACAUCGACAGAGAUCUUAAGGAGCAGAAACCGAAAUACAAGUAUACGCUUCGACUGCUGUUACUGGGGGCUGGGGAGUCCGGAAAGAGCACGAUUGUGAAGCAGAUGAGGAUCCUGCACGUCAAUGGUUUUAAUGAAGAAGAAAAGAAACAGAAAAUUCAGGACAUCCAGAAAAAUGUGAAGGAUGCCAUAGUGACUAUAGUUUCAGCAAUGAGCACUUUAAUACCCCCAGUUCCACUAGCCAACUCAGAGAACCAGUUCCGAAUUGACUACAUCAAACGUGUAGCCCCUCUCUCAGACUUUGAAUAUACACAGGAGUUCUUCGACCAUGCGAAGAAGCUGUGGGAUGAUAAGGGAGUGAAGGCAUGCUUCGAGCGCUCCAACGAGUACCAGCUCAUCGACUGUGCGGAAUACUUUUUGGACAGAAUCGACUUGGUAAGACAGAACGACUACAUGCCAACAGACCAGGAUCUUCUUCGCUGUCGGGUGUUAACUUCAGGGAUUUUUGAAAUGCGAUUUCAAGUAGACAAAGUAAAUUUUCAUAUGUUUGAUGUGGGUGGCCAGAGAAUUCAGAGGAAAAUAUGGAUCCAGUGCUUCAAUGAUGUCACAGCUAUUAUAUUCGUCGUUGCAAGCAGCAGCUACAACAUGGUGCUAAGGGAGGACAACAGCACUAACAGGCUACAGGAAGCGCUGGACCUCUUCAGAAGUAUCUGGAAUAACAGGUUUCUACGGAACGUUUCAGUCAUCCUGUUCCUGAACAAGCAGGACCUGCUGGCUGAGAAGGUAUUAGCAGGAAAAUCCAAAAUCGAAGACUACUUCCCCGAGUAUGCGUACUACACCAUACCAAAUGAAGCAACUUCUGAGCCUGGUGAAGACCCAAGAGUGACUAGAGCCAAGUUUUUCAUCAAGGAUGAGUUUCUUAGAAUCUGCACCGGGGGAGGAGACGGAUACCGUGACUGCUAUCCUCACUUCACCUGCGCCGUGGACACGGAGAACAUUCGGCGGGUCUUCAACGACUGCAAGAACAUCAUUCAGAGGAUUCACCUGCGCAUUCAUGAGUUCCUGUGAUCCCAGGGAGCAAUGUCUGCGGCCCUCCCUUCUAAAAACGGACUCGGGAUCAAUGAGUACUACUGAUCCAAUCACCUUUGUUUUGUCUUUCCGUUUUGAUUUUUUUACAUUUUGGUAAAAAUGAUUCAUGCCAUUCUCAGCUCCUUGUAAUUUUUAAGUAAGGAUGGAUGGAGAAAAAGAUAUUACUCAUCCUUCCUUUUGGAUGCCUUUUCUGUGUCAUUCCACUAACCUUACGGCUACCACAGUUUGGUUUUAUUUUACACCCUCUUGUUAUUCCUAGUUCUUUUUGGUUUUUGUUUUUUUUUUUUUUGUCAUCUCUGCUGUCAUUGGACCUGGACC